AUGGGACAGGUUCAAGUUAGCCGAGAUGUUAUGAUGGAUGGACUUCCAAUGGACAUGACAGAAGGCCAUAUCGAAGCUGAACUCCGCAGUGGCUAUGUUGCCCCCGGCCUGGAAGAUAUUCGGGUCAUUCGUGACCGACAGACAAAGUUGUCGCGGCAACUGGGGUUCCUGCGAUUUUCCACCAUUGAAGCCUCCCGCGCAUUUGUCGAACGCUACCAGCCUUUCAUUCUCUUUUAUGGUCCCGUCAGCAACGAACAAACCCGAGUCCGCAUCGCUUACAGCCGCGAGAGAGAUGACCGACCCCGUGCAAAAGGUGCAAGUGACUGGAACUGCAGAAAUGUAAGUCAACGUAGUGGCCCGGGGGACCUGCCUCUCCAGCUGGGAGCUACCCACGUACCUAUUGUUCUGUGCUUACACAAUCACAUGGGCAGUGUCUCGUUCUCAACUUCUCUACACGUUCAUUUUGUUUCAAGUGCGGUACUCCACGACCCGGUACGUAUAACCCCGUCAUCCUCAUCAUCCCCCCCCCCCAAUCAUUCCGUCACCCCCAUCAUUCCCAUCAUCUUUACCAUUCCCAUCAUCCCACACGCAUUCCUCGUCUCAUCUUCCCGUUUCAUUCCCGUGUCAUCUUCCUGUCUCAUCUUCCCACCACUAAUCAUCCAAGCAGACAUGGAUACUGGCCCCCCCGGAGUCUCGGCUCCCAAGAUAGCUAAUGAUGGUGAUAAUGAUGUUGCUCCUGAUAGCCAGCCUUCCCAGUUCCUCCUGAUCCGUGGUUUGGAGGCAUCUGUCACAGAAGAACUUCUUGCAAAAGGGGUUUCUAAACUGUAUCGGCCUUCCGGCAACAAUAACAAUGCCCCCGAUAAUCAGAAGAAAGGAUCAAAGGUGGCAUCGACGACUGGUGACAGCAAUUUGGGAGCGCGCGAAGGCUCUCUCCGUCGCGUGCUCCUUGUACGUGAUCGCAUAACAAAUGCAAGCUGGCGUUAUGGAUUCGCAGAAUUCGCAGGAGUCACUGAUGCACAAGCUGCAAUGGCGCGGCUCAAGUCUUUUGAAAAAUUCACCAUCUCCUCGAAGCCGGUGUUGGUCACCUACAUUCAUGGUGGAGUGUUUGUUCCGGUUAUGAACGCUUCAUCCGGUCCUGGCUUCUACACAUUCAGCCCAUCUAACAACCCGUCGCUGAAGCUGAUGUACUGGGAUGAUGCCGCAUACGUGAAGGAACUCACGCUGUCCACCCCCGAAGACGACCUCGCAGCCAACAAGACAAGAUCUAACCCGGAUACCCAAUCCAAGGCCAGUGCAAGCACCAAGAAACUUGCAAUGCCAAGCCAGCUGCAAUUCUGGAGUUCACGCCACGCUGAGCUACAUGGAAUCAAUCAAGACGCUGCUGGAAACCCCGCAGAGAGCUCGAGCUCAGCAACCCCGGCAACCAAUCCAACCCCGGCAACCAAUCCAGCCCCAGCGACCAACGCAGCUCCGGCGACUGACUCAGCUGCUUCACCUGCUCCAUCAUUUGCGGACUGGAACGAGAAUGCCUGCCUCUUGUGUAUGCAAUAUCUUCAUGCACCGGACAAGCUCAUAGAACAUGAGGCCGAAAGUGAAACACAUUUGGAAAACCUGAAGGAUCUCUUUUCGAGGAAACGCGGCGUAUGCUGGUUGAUGGUCCGUGGUAUCAUCCCUCUACCUACUCCGAACUACCUAGGCAGCAAAGACGAGUACCGUGAUAAGAUUGAGCGAGAGUAUUCUAUCCCCCCAUCACCACGCUCCUUCGCAGACAUGAACCGCAACUGGUGCCUCCUGUGCUUUAGCAAACUUCCUUCAUCCGCAUAUCUUCUCUCACACGACCGAAUGAGCGAGCAUCACCUCAAAGAACUUGAGAAGCCGGAGGAGAUCAGGGAUGCCCUGAAGCGGCUCAAAGAAGCCGGUAUUGCACAGCCAACCCCGGAAUCGGCCCCGGAAUACAGAGACCGAGCUAGGGAGCGGCGCCAGGCAUUCGGAAGUGAGGAUUCAACUGUCCGCCAGCGACCCACUGAGCCUCAGCAAGAGGAAGCACCUGUGCAGACCACGUCGAUCGGUGCUACUCUUCUCAGCAGAAUGGGCUGGCAGGAAGGAACUGGCCUCGGUGCUCAAGGAACCGGUGUGACGGAGCCGAUUUCUACUGAAAUCUAUGCCCAGGGCGUGGGACUGGGUGCGCAAGGAAGUCGACUGGGGGAGGCAACUGAGGAAGCUGGUCGGAACACCAGGGGUCGGUACGAAGAAUUCCUGGAGAAGACCAAGGACGCCGCCCGCCAGCGCUACGAGGAGAUGGACCGGGACCGUUCCUGA